UGUCAAUGUGAUAUUAAAUUAUCUAAAAUGCCAAAGAAAAAGACAGGGCAAAGGCGAAAAGCUGAAAAACAAAAAUUAAGGCAAAAAGAAAUUAGAACUGCCAAAGAUCAAUUAGAUUUAGCCAAAUUCCCAUGUAAUGCAGAAUGUGAUAAAUGUGGCAAAAAACAGAAGAGUAGAGCCUUUUGUUAUUUCUGUCAAAGUUUACAACGGUUACCAAUGUGCGCUCAUUGCGGAAAAAUAAAAUGUAUGCUGAAAACAGGAGAUUGUGUUGUUCGUCAUCCUGGUGUAUUUACUACUGGUUUAGGUAUGGUGGGAGCCAUAUGUGAUCAUUGUGAAGCAUGGGUUUGCCAUGGGAGACGUUGCCUUACAACUCAUGCCUGUAUGUGUCCAUUAAUAGAUGCAGUUUGUCAAGAAUGUGAAAGAGGCGUAUGGGAUCAUGGUGGUAGAAUAUUUCGAUGUUCAUUUUGUAAUUGUUUUCUCUGUGAAGAUGAUCAAUUUGAGCAUCAAGCAUCAUGUCAAGUCUUAGAAGCAGAAAGUCAAUCGUGCAAUCGAUUAGGACAAUAUUCAUGCCUAAGAUGCAAAACAUGUUAUUGUGAAGAUCAUAUUCGAAGAAAAGGCUUUAAAUAUGAAAAAAACAAACCUAUACCUUGUCCUAAAUGUGGCUUUGAAACAUCUCAAACAAAAGAUCUUAGCAUGUCAAGAAAUCAGUCGCAAGACUAUGUUUCUGAAAAUUAUACUUCUCAUCAGGAAGAUGAAGAUGAAGAUGAAGAUGGAGAAGAUGAAGAUGAAGAUGAAGAUGAAGAUGAAGAUGAAGAUGAUGAUAAUGAUAAUGAUAAUGAUAAUGAUAAUGAAGAUGAAGAUGAUAAUAAUGAUGAUGCUAAUGAAGAACAAAAUGAAGAAUUAAUAGAUGAAAGUGAAAAAAAUUGCAAAAAAUUGCAUCAAAUAGAGCAUUAA